AUGGCGGAUGCGGAGAAGCAAUUGAGACAUGAGAAGAAUUAUAAGUAUAUAAGCUCUCCUGAUGUAGCUUAUUGGGCUAAGAGUUUUGAUCAAGAUUUGGAGAGAGCUUGUAGGGAGCAUUAUGUGAAGAAGUGGUUGGAUGUUGGAUUAGGACUCAAUUUUAGAAUCAUUGCUUCAGAUCCUAGUUUUAAGAAGCUUUUGUUGAUUACAUUGUCUCUGCUUAUAGAGAUACGUAGAGUAGUUUUCAUUGUUAGUGGCAAGGAUAGAGAAUGCCUUAGCAAGUGGUUUUCUCCCUAUGACAAACUUGGUCUCUUUGCAGAACAUGGUUACUUCACUAGGUGGAGCAAAGAUCCUCCUUUUUCAUAUGCACUGUCCAACCAGAUUUUGAAGAAAGAGUUGUUCAAAUUGCUGAAGGAAAAUCAUGGUGAAAAGUUCAAUAGCUUGAUUUUAUUCAAGCAAUGGGAUCUCGGAAAAAUAUUUCUAGUCUCAUAUUGA